GCUAUUUCGGUCGAUUUGAAGUGAGAGGGGAGGACGGGAGUUAGCAACAUAUCUCACGAUUUUAUGUUGCGGUUUCUGAGCCGUCAAGGGUCUCUGUCCGUCGUUCGACAAGUCAUACCCAGAAAAACGAUUUCCUUGCAUUUAAGAGUAAAUACACUAAUAAUUAGAUAUCGAACGUUCUCUGCUACUGCUAACAGUCCACAUUUAGUCACCAUGCCCGAGAGGAGGCCCUUCGUACGGUUGCCCACUGACGUCUACCCUGUGAACUACGGGUUGUGUUUGAAGCCCGACCUAAUCGACUUCACCUUUGAGGGCAAAUUGGAAGCAGCGGUGGAGGUUACACAAGGGACAAACCAGAUUGUGAUGAACUGCGCUGAUAUAGACAUUAUCACUGCGUCUUUUGCACCAGAUGGGGGGGAAGAAAUUAAUGCUACAGGAUUCAACUAUCAGAACGAGGAUGAGAAGGUCACUUUGUCAUUCCCCAGUGCUCUUCAGAAAGGGUCAGGUACAUUGAAGAUUGACUUUGUUGGAGAGUUGAAUGACAAAAUGAAAGGGUUCUACAGAAGCAAAUAUGCAACUCCUUCAGGAGAAAUCCGCCAUGCUGCUGUCACACAGUUUGAGGCCACAGACGCUCGUCGUGCUUUCCCAUGCUGGGAUGAGCCAGCUAUCAAAGCCACCUUUGACAUCACGCUCAUUAUCCCCAAGGACCGGGUAGCCUUGUCAAAUAUGAAUGUCAUCGAUCGAAAGCCAUAUCCAGAAGAUGACAGUCUCGUGGAGGUGAAGUUUGCCACCACACCCAUCAUGUCCACAUAUCUGGUAGCAUUUGUCAUCGGUGAGUACGAUUUCGUGGAGAGCCAGUCGUCUGAUGGUGUGACGGUCCGCGUGUAUACACCGUUGGGGAAAGCAGAACAAGGGAAGUUUGCACUGGAGGUGGCUACAAAGACAUUACCGUUCUACAAAGACUAUUUCAAUGUUCCUUAUCCAUUGCCUAAAAUUGAUCUCAUAGCUAUUGCUGAUUUUGCUGCUGGUGCCAUGGAAAAUUGGGGCCUUGUUACUUACAGGGAGACUGCUUUGCUGAUCGACCCAAGGAACUCGUGUGCAUCCUCGCGCCAGUGGGUGGCCCUCGUGGUGGGCCAUGAACUUGCUCACCAGUGGUUUGGGAAUUUGGUUACUAUGGAAUGGUGGACCCAUUUGUGGCUUAAUGAGGGCUUUGCAUCAUGGAUAGAGUACCUCUGCGUGGAUCACUGUUUCCCUGAGUAUGACAUCUGGACACAAUUUGUGUCGGCUGACUACACCAGGGCUCUCGAUCUGGAUGCUCUUGAUAACAGUCACCCCAUUGAGGUUAACGUAGGACAUCCUUCGGAAGUGGAUGAAAUCUUUGAUGCCAUAUCAUACAGCAAAGGCGCUUCUGUUAUACGUAUGCUACACAAUUACAUAGGAGAUGAGGAUUUUAGGAAGGGAAUGAACACAUACCUUUUAAAGUUUCAACACAAAAACGCAUCCACAGAGGACUUGUGGGACUGUCUGGAACAGGCUAGUGGGAAACCCAUUGCUGCAGUGAUGAGCUCUUGGACCAAACAAAUGGGCUUCCCUAUUAUUGUGGUGGACCAGGAGCAGCAAGGUGAUGACCGGGCAUUGAAGAUCUCGCAGAAGAAGUUCUGUGCUAGUGGACCCCACAGUGGUGAAGAAUGCCCCACCUGGAUGGUCCCUAUCAGCAUCUGCACCAGUGAAGACCCCAGCUGCUCUAAGAUGAAUGUGCUGAUGGAACACCCUGAGAUUAACAUCACGAUCCCCAGCUUAUCCCCAAAUAAAUGGGUCAAACUAAAUCCAGGCACAGUGGGGUUCUACAGAAUCCAAUACAGCUCAGCCAUGCUGGACAGCUUCCUGCCUGGCAUCCGAGACCUCACCUUGCUUCCUGUGGACCGCCUGGGCCUGCAGAAUGAUCUCUUUUCUCUAUCUCGUGCUGGGAUGAUCAGCACGAUUGAGGUGCUGAAGGUGAUGGAGGCAUUUGUGAAUGAGCCAAACUACACAGUGUGGAGUGACCUGAGCUGUAACCUGGGAGUUCUGUCCUCAUUACUGUCUCACACCGAUUUUCACGAUGACAUCCAGGAGUUCAUCAUAGACCUCUUUACCCCCAUUGGCCUCAAGCUGGGCUGGGACAGCAAGCCCGGGGAAGGUCACUUGGAUGCUCUCCUGCGGGGUUUAGUUCUGGGGAAGCUGGGCAAAGCAGGACACAAAGCCACGCUGGAGGAGGCACGCAGGAGAUUUAAGGAGCAUGUGGAAGGCAAGCAGAUCCUCUCUGCAGACCUCAGGAGUCCAGUUUACUUAACAGUUCUAAAGCAUGGGGACAGCUCAGUGUUGGACACAAUGCUCAAGCUGCAUAAGCAAGCAGACAUGCAGGAGGAAAAGAAUCGCAUAGAGAGAGUUCUGGGAGCUAUCUCAGCUCCUGAGCUCAUCCAGAGGGUGCUGAACUUUGCCCUUUCGGAUGAGGUUCGUCCACAGGACACGGUGUCUGUAAUUGGGGGUGUGGCUGGUAGCAGCAAGCAGGGCCGCAAAGCAGCUUGGAAAUUUGUGAAAGACAAUUGGGAGGAGCUUCAUAACCGUUACCAGGGUGGAUUCCUCAUAUCACGACUGAUCAAGCUCACAGUUGAUGGGUUUGCAAUUGACAAAAUGGCCACAGAAGUAAAGAGUUUCUUUGAGUCUCACCCCGCGCCGGCAGCAGAGCGCACGGUCCAGCAGUGCUGCGAGAACAUUCUCCUGAACGCUGCCUGGCUCAAACGGGAUGCUGACGACAUCCAUCAGUACUUACUGCAGCGCAAAGUGCCCCCAGUCUGACCCCAUGAACUCUGACCCCAGCCACUCCUGACCCGCUAACUUAAUCAAUCGGAUCUCCUGGCAAAUCAUCGCUGGAGCCGCCCUUCGCCAACCAGAGAGUGAGAGCAUCCAGAAUCCAAACGGGCUACGUUUUUUCCUUUUUCCUACAUCCAGGUGACAAUGAAAAGAUCACAGCAGUCUAGGUCAGUCCUGAGAAUUACCCAAGGGAAAUUGAAAUCGAGAUGGAAGAAUCAAAACUGUUUAGUUUGUGAGGAGGGAUAUUGUGUCCUAUUCGGACAGCAGGAGAUGGUGCAAAGAUGUGGACAGAAAUAGUCAAUGUGUGCAGAAUUUUUUUUCUUUUCUCUUUUUAAAAAAAAAAAAAAAAAAAAAAAAAAGUAACGCAUGUGUAUGCUUAUUACAGUUAGCACUCAUUCACUACAGUACUCUACCAGAACACACACUUGCAUAGAUUUACACAGUAGUAUAACUGUGAAUUGUUUUUGCUCUUCCACCAAUCUCUUUAAUAAGAGGCAUGCUUAUAGCAUUUGAUAUCAUGGUUUUCAAUUAAGAUAAUUUUAGUAUUUUAUUUAGGGGUUUUUUUUGGGGGGGGGAGGGAGUUAGUUAAUUUGACAUGUAUAUUUUCUGUGCAAACAGUAAUCUAUUUCCUCUGCUGCAUCAUCCAUGAAUGAUGGCUGUACCCUGUUUGACUCGGAAUCACCUUGAGACGUGAAUUAGUAGAGUGGGUCAAAUGGUUAUGGUGAUGUGGUUGUAGAAUGGACUAUUAAUGGCAACGGCACUGAUUCCCAACGCUAAAAUGGUUUGAACAGACCGAAUAGCGUAAGCAUGGUACUGUAUGUAUAUUGCAAGCAUUCUUGCUGAGACCUUCGAGUAAUCUGAACUGCGAUUCUAUUUUUCCUUCUGUGUGAAAGCAUCCUCUCUUCCCCAACACACUCCCAAUGGCCUAUCCCUCAAUCAACUAUAGAAUGAGUAAAUAAACAGCAGAGAACUUGAUUUAAGAACCCCCUGGAUCCACCAUGUAAAUAAGUGGUGGAGAGGGGAGCAUUUUAUAAAGUGUAUAUUCAGCAAUCACUUUAACAUUGUGAGAAUUACUCCUAAAGGACUAUAUCAGCUUAAGUCUAGUUUAAGUCAGGGUCCAUCUUAAACUUUGAAGUGAUGAUUUUACUCUAUUAUUGUGCUCUGAGGCCUUAAAUUGGUAAAACUGGGUUGCAGUAAUACUCAGUCCAGAGUGCUAAUUGUACUUAAACAGGCACAUAAAUGUCAGUCAGAUGUUAUGGAUACACAAAUGCUUGUUGAGCGACUAUAUCUAUUAAGAAUAUAUCUGAUGUGGCUCUUUACAGGAGAUUGAAGUUCCCUCAGUCAUUUGUUGUGCUUUUGUUUAAGGAUAUAAUUGGUGUUCAUUAAAGAAGAGAAGAAAUGAAAAGAAAAA